CUCGUGUCGCUUGUCGUCGCCAGCCAGAGCGUAGCUCCAGUAAACGAAGCGAUCUAGCCUUACGACUCUGGCCAUGGCUGACUUGGACUUGUCUACGCCCCUGUUGUCAGCGAUGGAUCUGGCCGAGGAGUCGAACGUGUCGUCAGCGAUUGAUUUGGCAGAGGAGUCGAACGUGUCCGCGGCUUUCCCGCUGCUGGUGCUUGAGCCGCCACCAGAUUCAGAUUGUCCGUCGUACAAGGUCUUCAGCUUGCCGGACCAGAAGCUUCAAGAUGUCCCUCCGUUGGUGUCGAGCAAGAAGGUAUCCUUGCCGACGCCGCAAGGCUGGGUCCUGGUCCUGAGCUCCUCCGAUUCCUCGUCAGAAGACGCAGGGACCCAUCUCUUGAGCCCUAAGGACGGAUCAACAAUCGAGCUUCCGCCUCUCAAGGACGACGAGGUCCCGUGGACGUGCAGGUGCGUCUUGUCCAACGUCGUGGCCGCGCCUGGCUGCAGCGUCCUAGUCUUCGACCAUGCGAGCCCGGUGAUGUGGUUCUGCCGCGUCGGCCAGGAUCUCCGGUGGUCGCGCCACGGCUACGACAUUGGCUGGUUGGACAUCCUGGGCUGUCCCCGCACAAAGAGAAACUUCUUCCACGUUGCCGCCGUCAAUGGGAGGUUCUUCUUCCGCGAGUCCAACGACUCUCUCGGCACGCUGGACUUCCACACCAACGACGCCUCGGAGGAGCCGGAGGCGUGGCAGGGCGCCAUCGCCGUGCCCCGCGUCGAGGUCCCGUUCGGCUUUACGGGAGUGUUUGACAAAAAACUACCAGUUUAGGGGUUCGCGUCCCACAGAACUACCACUUUUUUAAAGUGGCAGAAAACUACCAAAAAAACGUAAAAACAUGACUAAAAACUACCAGGUUGACUGAAUGGUGGUUUUGACUGUUUUAACCGCGAUUCUGACGUGAGUGGCCCACGUGCCAGGCUGGCGGCCCGCCUAACGGCUAACGGCGCGCGCGCGGGGCCGUUAGAGCCGCUCGUCGGUCGGACCAGGUCAGACCUGCCAGGCCGGCUCCCCACUCCCCACCAGCUCUCUCACUCUCCCCGAGCUCACCUAGCCCUAGCCGUCGCCAGCCAUGGCGGCUGUGGAUGCAAACUCCGGCGGCGAUUCAGGCAUACCUCCGGGCGGCAGCGCGGCGCAGCAGCCUUCUCAGUCCGAAUCUAAUCCUUCCGCUGGCGGCGCACAGCAGAGGUUGGAUUGGUCGGCGCCGGCGCGACCACCGUAGACGACAAGAAGCAGAGCUCAAGGUCGGCGGAAGCUUCCUCGUUCUGUGGGCGGCGGCAGGUACGGCAUAGUUUUUUGCAUGGUUGUGAGAUUCAGAGAUUCAGUAAAUUAAUCUAGUUUUUUGCAUGGUUAGAUUCAGUUAUGGUGACCUUGGAAAUUGUUAGUAUUGUGCAUACUUUGUUGUGUAAGAAACUGAAAAAAGCUGUUUGACAGAAACUCAA